AUCACGUCCAUGGCAAGCUGCGCUGGCCGAUAGAAGAAACCCACCAGCCUCAUGGGCGAUUUGAAGUCAUCGGGAUACUUGACAAUACAUGGGGAAUUGAAUUGAACUCAAUCUAUUUAAAACCUCAGUCGAGGCAGAAUUAUGACAGGGAAUGCCUGGACUGCGCCCCAGCCGAAUUGGCCAAAGACGCGGCCAACAAGCGCCAUGGUGCGACGUGUCUGCCUAGCGAAGAAGAUGAUAACAUGUCCUCUUCCUAAGAUCCCUCCAACCUCACUUCCUCCCAUCUUCAUUUCCAAAUCUCUCCAAAAACAACCCUUCGCCUUGAAAAAUUAAAGCGAGUCGUUAGAAAUGGAUUUGCCGCAGCCCGAGCCUCGUGCUGAUGAGACCACGCCUCUCUUGACACCUGCGACAAAUGACCGGGAUGUGGCUGAGGAAACGUCAUCUCCAACAAUCAAUCACGAUGCCGAGGAAACCGAUGCCGUUGAGGGGCCAAGCCGUUUAUUAAAUCACAGACUCCUCAUCUCUGGGUUCGCCAUUUCACUUGUCGCCGCCAUCAUCACCUUGGCCUUCUUGUUCUAUGAAACAAUACUCGACCGGCAUGGACAGUUACUAUUCCACUAUUGGGAUUGGAGAAUGGAUAAUUUCAGAGUUGUUGUCUUCUGGACAUGCAUCCUGUCUAUGGUGUUUGGCAUAGCCAACAUCAUCUGUCUCGGACGAACCCGCAAGCCUUUCCCCGCUGUGGUCAAUGUCAUUGUGCUCGGACUGUUCACGUAUGCGAUUUUUGGGUGUGUUGGAGAAGUCCUUGACGAAACAGCGCCUACAAGGUGUCGUGAACUGGACCCGCCUGAUACCCUGCCAGAUGACCCUGAAGAGCCGUUUGCUCGGGCUACCGGGUUACGGGAGCAGUGUCAGGAAUGGGCUCUAAAGAUGCACAUUGUGAGAGAGAUUACAGUCUACGCUACAGUCUUUUACGGUGUUAUCCUAGCUGUCCUCUUCGUCAUUAUUCUUUAUGACGCGAUCCGCAUUGCGACACAUUUCGUUCGGACCGUCAAGAUUAACCCUGGGUUUGGCCCUGGUGAGGUCGGUUUUAACGUGGCUUUCAGAUGGGGCUCGCCUCAGCGUCGUGACACAACUCAGCGGCAAUUAGAUGAAGAGGUGGCUGUUUUAGACAGUAUACUACUCCUGAAGUUACUAUAUGCCGAAUGGGGAAUACCUACAUUGGCGAAGGCGAGGCCCGCCGUUGAUGAGUGGGGCCAUGUAGUUGUCUGCAUACUGUGUGUCUGGCUGCAUGUCGUUCGCCCCGUUAUGGAUUGUACAACCGACUCCGGCGUGGCCCCCUUUCUGAACAUGACCACAACAUCAGAUCACAACCACCCUGUGGAAACAUUUCUCAAACAACUCCAAGAUUUUGUGGCGAGCAGCAACUCACAAGACGUUUUGCACAUCGUCAAGGAGAAUUCGAAAUUGAGAAGCGAAAAUGAAGCACUGCAAACCACCAAUGAGCAAAAUCUCAAAACGCUUGCGAAGCUCCAGCAACGGCUAGAGGACCAAGAUCUACAACGCUCCCGAGUCAACUUUGAGAAUGAAAUGAAGGAAAUGGAGAAGCAACUCGACGGCUCUGCGAAAUCGAUCACGGAAUUACAACAGAAACUUAAAUCGAGGGACAACGACAUCAACAGUUUCAAAGAACAGAGCAAAGAUGAAGGAGCUCGGUUGAUAGUUGCAAUAGAGGCCAAGAACCUGGCUGAGAAAGAAUUGAGCUCACUACAGGCUAUUGUUGACGCUCAAGCCGAGUCGAUUAAUCGGUUCGACCGUUUCACUUUCAAGAUGACACAAACACCCCAAGAGACUCUUCACCAAGAGCUGCAAUCUAUUUUUCAAUCGGUUUACAGCGUAACCGAACGCUUUUUCGGUAACGAUCUCGACGAAACUGUGUUUGCCGAUCAUGGUCGCUGGGCGGUGAUGCGCAAGAAGCAACCCAUUCCCAUGCCCCUUUCCAACUCGCCCGCGGCGAAGCAAAUGCGAGUGGCAGCCGUUCUAGGCAUAUGUGCUCAGUUAUUGUCAAAAUAUAUCUUCCAACCAACAUAUCUCCUCAACGAUAACAGCCUCUCUAACUUGAUUGUCGAAAUAAGCGAAGUUGAUCCAGACACAGAGUUGUAUCUACGAUCAGUGCUCUUGCCAAUACAUCCGAAUAAGCAGGAGAAGAAUGCAAAAGCCCGUAUUGGCCAUGUUGUUGCUAAUGUGGUACAAUACGCUGGUCCAAUGCUCUCAGAGGAGAGCGAGGAAGAAUUCCGGUCGAGCUUUACAAAUGUCUGCAAGACCAUUUGCGAGAAAUGGAUGGAUUUUCAGAAACUAGAGGCACAAGUUGAGUCGACAUUUGAAGCGGACGAUGAAGAUGAUUGGUCAUUACUCCCGCCUCCUGGGCAAGCCAUUCCUAACUUUAAAGGGCAAACAGAAACCCAAACUCAAUCAAUUACAAGCAUCGAACAUAUCAAGGCAAUUGUUUGGCCAGCUUUCGACAUCUCGAAAGGCCAGGAUGUGGAGCUUCUGAUGCAAGGGUUUGUCUUGGAUGAGACACAGAUGCAGGCAGCCAAGGAUGAGGUUGCUAUUUCACAGUCUAACGGGACGCAUCGAACGAGACAGAAUAUCCGCAGGAAUCGAGCUUUGUCAGUAUCUGUUGGUAACGAGAAUGGUGAUACAAAUGGGGCCUCUGUAUCACCAGAGGAUCAGAACGGGUUAGAAAGCAGUUGA